AUGACUGCAUCAAAGGAUAGCUCUACGCCCUCCCACGUCGCAUUGGCGGAAGCAUCAGUCUCGACAAAUGCCCCUGGCGAGUAUCCGAAGCCCGAUGCAAAAGCCGUCGUAAUGGCCGAUGAGCAUAUCAUUCCGGCCACUGUCCAACCAGUUCAGCUGAGCGAAGACCCCUCUGAUGCUACUCCCCAUACCGGCGCGGAGGAGAUUCCUCCCGUGUAG